CACAGCGAGAGGUUCACCAGCAGCCCAAUGUACCCCCGACGACCUGCGCUUGUUGACACGUCCAUGGGGUUGCUUGCAAAUAUGCAGUCGUUUGAGAACAAGCAGACCCGCACUUCAGUUCCACAGGAGGUCUGUCCCAGAAUAAAGCGGCGAUUCGGCUGGGCGGCAUACAUGUGGCGCGAGUAGUCCACAAGCUGC